AUCAUAGACAUUGAAGAUUUGACAUUUUGUAUUUUUCGUUGUCAAAAACAGUAAAUUUGAUGAAAUCCACUUAUCACUACGUAUCACAAGCAAUAACAAAAUUUGUAUUUAAAUGAAUUAAACUUAAAGCGUUUCACAAUGAAUUUUGGUGGUACAUUAAGAAUUAAUAAAUUCGCUUGUUUCAUAUUAGGUUUUUUAUUAUUUCUAAUAAUUUAUUGGCGAUCCGGCGGUGCCACAGUGACUGAUAAAAGUGAUUUAGUGAAUUUAAAACAUUUGUUAAAAGCAGGUAUUUUUGCGGCAGAGCGUGGUGGUAAGAGAGUUGUGAGUCAAAAGAAUGGAGAAUUAAACGUUCAGAGUAAAGGGAAGACGCAAGAGGGCGCGAACGAUCCUGUAACGGACGCUGAUUUCGCUUCGCACUGCGCUAUGUAUUACAGUUUGAAAAAUACGUUUCCUAAGUUGUCCAUAGUGUCGGAGGAGCAUACGGGAGUGGCGGGCUGCAGUGACCAGGAGGCCAUAGACUUGGAGAGUACGCCGGCGGGGCACGGUGUGAUAGAUUACAUGUUUGAUGAACUUGUUUACAUUAAGGAUGUGACUGUUUGGAUUGAUCCGUUGGAUGCUACGCAGGAGUACACAGAGGGUCUUUACCAGUAUGUGACCACCAUGAUGUGCGUGGCCAUUAAAGGAGUGCCGGUUAUUGGAGUUAUACACUAUCCAUUUACUCCGCGCACCUACUGGGGAUGGUACACCAAGCGGACCUCAGACAAUAUACCCAGUGUGGCCCAUAAGGAAGAAAACAAGAACCAGCCCACCGUGGUGGUGUCUCGUUCGCACCCGGGUAAAGUGACGGAGACAGCGAAAAAGGUUUUUGGUGAUAAAACCACUGUCAUCCCGGCAGCUGGCGCUGGGUACAAAGUCAUGACUGUUGUCAAUGGCACCUACGACAUCUACCUCCACACGUCCGUCAUCAAGAAAUGGGAUCUCUGCGCCGGCGACGCCAUCAUCAAGUCCGUCGACGGCAAGAUGACCACCACCAGGGGCGACGCCGUCGACUACUCGCCCGGAGAAGUCAAAGUGACAGACGGAGUCCUAGUCUCCAGGUACGACCAUGAGUAUUACUUGAGUAAGAUUCCAGUUUUAGCGCCUUGAGUGCCAAAGUGUUAGGGCUCCAUUAGAACCAAUUUUUGAACCGUUAUUAGACCGCGUGUCUCUUUACGUGUCUAUGUUUCGUUAACUGUUUACUAUCAGGCAAGUAUACUUGUUUGCGGUCAACAUGGUUUUAAUAAAAGGGUGAAUCUACUUUUUUUGUUUUGUUAUCCUGUCCCGUUGUCCAAGGGACAACAGUGGCACAGUUUGUUUGAAGAGACGUUGUAUGCCGUUCUAUUAACAUGCUUAGUAGGGGGCCCAUUAUGGACAUUGGUUAUAACGACCACAAAAACGCAAGUUUAAUACAUUUAAGUACCAUAAAAUCAGUAUUUCAAUGAACUUUUGUCCCCUGGACAACUAAUCGUAACCAUGGCAACGAGUGACGCUAAAAAGUUGAUUCUCCCAAAAACCUUGAGUCCGCAGCAAGCUCGGUUCUCCAUACGAACGUAGUCACACUCUCAUUUUAUAACGACUAAAUAUUUUAGAUUGCUUUGAAACUUUGUACUUACAAUAGGAUAAGGUAGAUCUAUGCCAAAUAACACUAGACCCUACUCAUAGUGUUGUGUUCCUGCCGGUGAGUAAGGUUGCCAGAGCUCAACGAGGGGGUGUUAGGGUCGGCAACGCGCAAGUAACUUCUCUGGAUUUGCAGGCGUACAUAGGCUACGGAGACUGCUUACCAUCAGGCGGGCCGUAUGCUUGUUUGCCACCGACGUAGUAUUAAAAAAAAUGCCUGUAAUUAGUUUAUGUAGUUACAUCUUAUAAAACAAAAGAGCAAAAACAUUAUGUCAAUGUAAGGUAGAAGUACUAGUGCUCGACGCUGCACUAGUACUCGACAUGGGCACUUUAUGUCAAAGUGACAAGGAUUAAGUUCGAAUACAGAAAAAUCUUCGUUGUUCAAAUUUAACCUGUAUUUCCAUGAAAUAAAGUGCCCAUGUCGGUGACUAGUGCAGCGUCGAGCAUCGGUCAUUACAACCCAAAACGUAGUUUUAAAAUGAGAAGGAAACUCCGUUUGUAUAGGAAGGUGAAAUUCGGCCGAGCUUGCUGCGGUCUCUUAAGAGCUGUGGUGCAAACUGCUCACACAUUUUGAUGUCCGCUUAUCAGUACCCCUAGUGUAAAUUUGAUCGACAUCAUAACGUGACGAACGCGUUUGCGUUAAGUCUCAUUUUGUAUAGGAUUUUGAGUUUCCAAAACGUCUCGCUUGGCGCGCUCUUUCUAAAUCCAAUACAAAAUGAAACUAAACGCAAACGCGUACGUCACGUUCCGAAAUCGAAUUUAUUUACACUAGGGGUACUGGUAGUCCCUUUUUGCCACAUUGUUUUUUUUUGUUCAGGGAAAGUGCAUUAAGUCUAAUGAUUUUCGGUCACUAUUUUGACAAAAACUGUAUAUGUAUGAUUGUGUUACGAAUGUGGAUUGGUUAUUUUUAUAAAAUUGUGUAUCUGGAAAAAAACUUCUUAUUGUAAGUAUUUUUGAAAAUAAUCCCCAUUUUCAAAAGUAAAAUAAAAAGUUGUCUUCUGCUUAAGGUCCUAUGUACAUUACAAUCCCAAUGUAAUGUAACCUUUCUUAAAACAAUUUAUUUCGAAUUUUUAUUAUUAAUAGAUUUUUGAACAAUUUUAAUCUGAUAUUCCAAUUAACAUAAAAAAGUACAUAGGCAAUAAUUAGACUAUAAUUAAGUUAAAUUUUAUUUUGUGUUGUAAAUGAAAUCGAAUAUUAAUUUUUUGCUAUAUAAUUUUAUACAAUGUUAUAAAAUGUAUUUAUUUAUUAUCUUUAAUAUUGAAAAUGGCGAGUGGCGAGUCUCAAAUUCCGAAAUGGUAGGUAUCAUAGUUGUAUAAAUACUUAGGCGCAGUAGACGUGUUUGCAUUUUUCGUCUUAUCCUCUUAAGGCCCAGCCAUAGAAAUGAAAAAUCCAAAAUUUGCCACUGGAAUUUGAACCUAUAGUGCACGGAAUACAGUUGAUUUUAUUUUGUUUGAAAAUUGCAUGAAACAAAACAAAUGCAACUCUGUCCUAAUUGAAUAUGAUUUAAAUUUAAUCGAACUGAAUAAGUCCUAUUGGUAGGACCUUGGGCCUUACGAGGUUAUAACAAAAUUGUAAGGUGCAAAAGUGUAAAUAUAAGUCCUUUGAAAACGGUAGUUUAAUAAUUACUUUGAUCUAACCUUAAAACUGAAUGUCCAUAUUUAUUAUUUAUUUAUACUCAAGAAAACCGGUUCAAAUAAACUUAUGUUUGUUGUGUAUUUUUUUUCAGAAAGGUUGAAUGUCCCUAGCAUAAAUUAAUAUUCAUUCAUUCAAAUAAUAGCAAUACUUUUAAAGGCCAGUCCAGACGCAUCAAUUUUUCACAAUCUCAUUAAAUUGUCAUUUUAAUUGUGUUGGGUCGGACGCAAACAUGAAAUUGGCUCGCCAAUUUCCACUUCCGAUCCGAUUGUAAAAUUGUGACCGAUCAAAUCAGGAGGUGUGAGAAACAAAUUUUCGACACCAUCAAUCGAAAAUUGGUGAUUAGGUGAGAUUAACGCCAAUUUAAUUUCUGAUCAAAUUGACAAUUUGGUUGUCCCGGACUGGCCUUAACAUUGGUGAACCUUAUGUCUUUGGAAUAAGGUUUACGAAUUAUCAGUUCUGUUCGACAGUUAGGCGCAUGGCUCACUGCAUCCGAUUAGUCGCACCGAAGUUUUAGCGUGACAACGUGUAUUAAAGCGGGAAGCAUUCUGCCAUGCGCCUAAAAGUAGACUAAUCCAUAAUGAAACACUUUCUAUUCACGCUGGCCAGUUAUUAUGUCUGAAACUAUUAUUUGUAAUGAACAAAUUUUGGUAGCAUAUUCUGACCUUUUCCGGGCAUAGUACGUUUUAUCGACCACAUACGUGCCAAUAGAUUUUGAACUCUAGUAUUCCGAUUUAAGGUUCAAAUUAGAUUGCACUUUCGGGAAAUGUGACUUGUCUUCAAAUGAAAUUAUCAAAUUUUUUGGGAACACGUUGUAAAUUGGUGCGGCCUGGGAAAGGGAAUUAUUUGUAAUUAACCUUUUCGCCGCCACGUGAAUGAAGUAAUAAAGUGACAUCAACACCACGUCAAAAAUUGCUGGCAUGCAAUCCUGACCAAAACCACGACUUUAUAUGAAGUCGUGGCGUGUGGGGCACGAAAUGUACUGACUUUAUAUCAAGUUAAUGGCGGCGAGAAGGUAAAACCAUUUGUAAACUAACUAUAGUUUGUCAAAAGACUAUCUCAUUUGAAACAUAGACAGAGAGAAUCAUACUAUCUUUGUCUUACAUUAGUACUAGCACCGAAAAGAAAACGAUGAGUAUAGUUUUAUUUGUUCUUUUUUACUGACAAAUUGGUUUGACCAACUAUACUUUGUAAUGUACUUAUUUGGUAGCAUAUUACUAAGAUGUUUUCUAAAUAAUAAAUCUGUCAAUUAAAAUAGUAUUUUCAUAAAAAAAAAAUGUAGAUUGUAGAACAUUAGGACUUCCUUAUAGGUAUGUAGGUAUAGGGCUGUGAAAAAAAUAUGUCAAAAUCAAAUAUAUAUUCUACUUACCCCUUUAACUUAAAAUUAAAUUAAUUGCUAAAACACUUGUAGUAAACGUCAACCCAUAAGGCUUUCUCGAAACUUAUGUACCUACGAAAAAUAUUUUUCAUUACACAUGCUCGUAAAAGGUGUUAUUAAACGUAGGCGAUGCAGUUCGUAAAUACUAAAAUGCUCGCAAAUUCUACAUUUUGAUCUAUUAGGGCUGUAAUGUACGUCCGAAAUUAGGCAUAAGUUUUUUUCCCCAGAAGUGUGAUGAAAAACAUUGUGUGCCACAGGGGGUACAGGAAUUACGUAUUCGUGUUAAUUAAGCCCUCGCAUUCGAGCUUCAAUUCACACUCGUCCGUAAAUUUUUGUUUUUGUAUGUGGACUUCCAGGACAGGGCUGGUUACAUAAAGUGUGAUUCGCAAAAAUUUUUAACAGGGUUGUAGCCUAAAUUGGUUGUGGGAAAAUUUUAGACGUACGUACAAUUUAAAAACUAAAAAUUCACAUAUUACUGUAACUUUAUACAUUAACUAUUAAUUUAUUUAAUGCCUGUUCCAGCGGCAAUUCUUGUAGUUUGUACUUGUAGUUGGGUACUUUCGAUCCAGUGCCGCGGAGAGCGUGUUAAAUUUACCUGUAUAAUGAAUUAAAAUAAAAUAAAAAAUAUAUAAAAAAAAUAUAUAUUAUAGGACAUUAUUACACAAAUUGACUAAGUCCUACAGUAAGCUCAAUAAGGCUUGUGUUGAGGGUACUUAGACAACGAUAUAUAUAAUAUAUAAAUAUUUAUAAAUACUUAAAUACAUAGAAGACACCCAUGACUCAGGAACAAAUAUCCAUGCUCAUCACACGAAUAAAUGCCCUUAACAGGAUUUGAACCCGGGACCAUCGGCUUCAUAGGCAGGGUCACUACCCACUAGGCCAGACCGGUCGUCAAUGAUUUAAUGUUUUAUUCUUUUAUAUUGUUAUUUUUUGUGAACGAAAUUAUUACUUGUAAAUAGAUUAGCGUAAGAUUUUAAUUGAAGUAAAUUAUUCUACUUA